UCCCUCCGCAGCCUGGCCCUCGGAAGGCGUCCCGACAGGCUCAACCCACCCGCAGGCUAGCCGUCCGGGGCGCCAGGAAGGGGCGAGAAGCGACCUUCCCGCCAGAGCGGCGUGGAAAUGAGCAGCCCCGAUGCUGGGUACGCCAGUAGCGACGACCAGGCGCAAGGACGGUGCUCGCUUCCUCCCCUCAUGAUGCAGUGCCAGUGGGCAGAGUCGCUGAGCCCCUUGGCAGACGGCAAGGGCAAGGGCGAGGCGGCCGCCAGUCAAGGGCAUCAGGCAGCGCCGGGACGGGCCAAGGGGGAAGCCCGAAUCCGUCGCCCCAUGAACGCCUUCAUGGUCUGGGCCAAGGACGAGCGCAAGCGGCUGGCGCAGCAGAAUCCGGAUUUGCACAACGCCGAACUCAGCAAGAUGCUAGGCCAGUCGUGGCGGGCGCUGACACAGGAGGAGAAGCGCCCCUUCGUGGAGGAGGCGGAGCGGCUGCGGCUGCAGCACAUGCGAGACCACCCGCACUACAAGUACCGGCCGCGGCGCAGGAAGCAGGUGAAGCGCCUGAAGCGCGGAGACGGCGCGCCCGAUGGCGCGGGCGGCUUCCUCCCGGUCCAGCAGCACCAGCACCAGCACCAGCCGCCGCCGCCGCACCAGCACCAGCCGCUGGGCCUGCCCGUGGAGACGGGGGCGGCCGGCGGCUGCGAAGGUCUCGGGCUGCCCUACCCCGAGCAGCCGGGCUACACCAGCGGCGCUUUCCAUUACCGGGACUGCGCGCCGCUCCCGCUGCCCGCCCUGGGGCCCCAUUUCGGAAGCUACAGCCUGCCCACGCCGGAGCCCGAAUCGCAGGGCGGCACGUGCGCGGAGCCCGCCUUCUUCCCGCCGCCGCAGCCCGAGGAAGGGGGCUGCCUGCUGGGACCCUACGGCUACCCCACGCCCCCCGGCGCCGAGUACCCCUGCAACGGCGCCCCUGCCGCCGCGCACGGCAACGGCAGCACCGCUCCCGCGGGCGCCGGGCUCUUCCGGGGCCGCUUCUCGGUCCCUCUGCACCCCUAUGCCGCCCCCUCGCCCGCCCAGGACCCCGCGCAGCAGCAGCACCCGCCCUGCCGCCGAGGCGACGCCGCCGUGGGCCUGGAGCACCUGCCCGCGCACGACGUGGAGCUGCUGGCCGACGUGGACCGCGCCGAGUUCGAGCAGUACCUGCCCUUCGGCUGCAGGCCUGCCGACCUGGGCUUCUCGUACGCGGGCCACGAGGGCUCCGAGGCCAGCGCCGCCGCCGCCGCUUACUAUUGCGCGGCCGCGGGCGGGGGCGGAGCCUAUCCGGAGCUCUGAGGCUUUGCGCGGGAUGGCUGCAGGGACAGACUGACGGACCGCCUUGGCUCUAUUUAUUGUAACUUAUUGGCGACUAAAUGUUUUCGAAGGCCACUUAGAGAAACUCGAGCGGGACCAAAGAGCUCCACCGCAGGGUGCGGGGCUUCCUGGUUCUUCUUCCCCGCCCGCAAAGCGCAAACGCUCCCCGCACGUGCCGGCCGCGAAACUCUUCGUGGGCAGCUUUGAGGACAAGCAAAACACGCAGCCGCUCCCUCGAGUGCCUCGGUCCGCGGUUUUUAUACACCCUUGUGGGGCUUUGUACAGAAUGACUUCAAUAUCCCAGGAAACGUUUGACUAGGAAACGGCUGGGCAAUAAAUAACAACCCAGAUGGUUAUGCAUGAUGGUGUUUGUAAUGUGUCGUUUUUCUAGGAUUUCACAUGUUGAGCCUAUUAAAACCCAGCAUUUCCUUUUCUAAGAGUGCAGAGUUGGAGCGAUCCUUCACAGCCCACCCGUGUGUUUAACACAGCCUGUGCUGAGUGUCUCUCAAAGGCACAAUCCUAUAUACAUUUACAUGGAACAACAGCAUGCAGGGACUCACCUGAACGGCAAUACCUUUUUUAUCUCGAAAUAUGCCUAGGAUGGUGCCUUAAAUGCUUAUGGGUGUUCUCUGGGAACUUCGAGAAACCAGAAGAAUGGUAUGUCUAGCCGGUAUGUUUAAACCAGCCUUCCUCAGCUUCUAGAUGAAUGAGACUAUCAUUCCUAUAAUUUCCCAACAAGGAAUGGAAAGCGCAUUGGGAAGGCUGAUUUAAACUGUUAAACUUGCGAGAAUAAUUAAGUAACACCUGAGAUUACACUAAACUGGAAGAUAUGAAAUCUCCAAAGCAUUAGCAGUAGACCUACAAUUAGACUUAAUUCCUUGGAAUUCUUAGUCAACAUUGAUAGGAUCACAGUGUUAAUCAGAACCUGAAUGCUUCCUCCUGGUUAAGUCCCAUGGCUGUUAGCACCAGUCAGUAUUGCUUAGGAUAGUAGUAGCAAAGCUCUCCAGGCAGCUGGUCUAAAAUAAAUGCUAGCAUUUUACCAUCAGACUGAAAAA